UAAGCUUGACAUGGGCUCAACGUGCGGCGCCUCUCGCGGUUAAAUAUAUUCUACUGACCUUAGCUGAUGCCCUGAUAGCGCACUCGAAGCACUCGCAAGUGUCGACGCGCGGUUAACGAAUGUUGUUCUCCGAGUCAGCCGAAGUCUUUCAUUGCUUCUAUGACAAACGUUGCGUGGUUAUGUAGUUGAAUACGUACAAUACGUGCUUCGAAAACAUUUCCCAAACAGCCUCUUAAACUACAACCUUACUUCGUUAUUUGCAAUUCUGAUACUCGCCAUGGCAUUAUUGGCUAAAAACAUUUCAUGCAUUGUGGAAACCGCGUUUCUGCGAAGCGCUCUUGGGCUAACCUCCACGAAAAUUCUUAAGCCAAGAAGAAUUUUACUACACUCAACAAAACUGAAUUACGCUAAGGAAGCCCUUUCGCAAAAACCAGAAAUAAAGGUAACAUUCAUUAGGGCGAGUGGAGAAAGAAUUGAAGCCAAAGGAAAGGAGGGAGAUAGUCUUUUAGACGUAAUAGUUAACAAUGACAUCGAUUUGGAUGGUUUUGGUGCCUGCGAAGGUACGCUUACGUGCAGCACCUGCCAUUUGAUAUUUUCUAAGGAGGUCUACGAUUCCCUGCCUUCGAAACCGACCGAUGAGGAAUUGGACAUGCUUGAUUUGGCCUUUGAUCUGACAGAUACUUCUCGACUAGGAUGCCAAAUUACGUUGAGCAAAGAACUAGACGGCCUAGAAGUACGGGUACCAGCUACCAUAAAUGACGCAAGGUCAUAACAACAAUUACCAUUUAUGAAGUAACCAAAGUAGGAUACACCUGCAGUUCUGUUGCAGGUGUACAACUCCAAGGGCAGUGCCCAUUUAUAGAUGAAUUUUGUAUAAUAGAUCAUGAGACAACAUGAUUAGAUAACUUAGAAUCAAGAAAACGUAUAAAUGAUAACUUGUAUAAAAAUAGUAGUUGUGGGAUUAUUAACGAUACAAAUAAUACUAAUCAUCAUGAUGUAUAAUAGAUACAGAGUCGGGUAUACGGAAAUAAUUGUAAAAUUAUUUUAUCCUAGAUAGACAAUUUGUUAUUUAUGUAAUAUAUAUUAUCAGUCGAUGACUAAUUAUCGUAUGCAUUGUUAAAAUCUU